UCUCUCUCUCUGUCUGUCUAUCUCUUUCUUUCUGGUGUGCGCGCGCGCUUUUUUUCUUUCUCACUCUUUUACAAAGUACUUAUAAUUGACAAGUAGUGGAGCAAAAGCAACGCGCAGUGUAGCAUUACGUCGUCGUUUGCUUUCCGUAACCUCAAAUUUUAAUGAAUCAAGUAAAGACGUAAAUGACAUUUUCCUCGUAGUGACAGCCUGCACUUCCAUCGCAUAAACUUUUUAUUCAUUCUGUCAAACGAUCUUACGUGCUUAUGUGCUUACGUGCUUAUACUAACGAACAUACAUUGCACACACCCAGACACAGAUACAUAUAACAUACAUUUGCGUUAGAAUAUUUUUCAAGUGGCCAAAUAAUAUCUAUCGUGUGGUAUUACUGUGUCAUUUAUUUUUCCGGAUGAAAGAUACCAGAGAUAAUCUAUUAAUAAAUAACAUUAGACUUUUUCAAUGGAUACAAUUCUGCAAAUGGUUGCAGAAUAAAUGUGAAUCUGAUAUAAUGAAUCAACUAGGGGAAUAUCGAUCAGUUUAUUAAAUUUUAAUAUAUGUAAACUUGAAUGCUAUUCUAACAAUCAUAAAAAUGCAACAGUGCUGUGUAAGCCACCAAGUUCAAUUAUGGCUUCUAUUAUUACUUUUUUGCAUCGCAUAUUGUGGUGCCGAUAUUUUAGUGUUCCCAGCAGCUACCAGAUAUCAGGUAGAGGAUGAAUUUCGAGAUAUGCCAGCUAGAUUUGGUGGUUUUAUACCAUCCGAAGGGAUUAAGGGUAUGGUUGCUUAUGCCGACCCUCCUACUGCUUGCCAUGAGAUAAAAAGCCCUCCAAAUGAUACGAACUAUGGAGGGAAUUGGAUAGCUCUAAUCGCUCGCUAUGAGUGUAAGUUUGAAAUUAAAGUAAGAAUGGCACAAAAGGCUGGUUAUGAUGCUGCCAUUAUACAUAAUGUAAACAGCAAUGAAUUAGAGCCGAUGUCAGCUGAAGAUCCAAUAGGGAUACAAAUACCAUCUGUUUUUGUUAGUGAACUUACAGGAUUAAUUAUCAAAGAAAAUUAUUUAUAUGAUCAAUUAUAUUAUGUAUUAAUCAAUGAUGAUCUACCAUUUAAUAUUAAUACACAUUUGCUUUUACCAUUUGCAAUUGUUGUAGGAAUCUGUUUCUUAGUUAUGGUUAUUUUUAUGAUUGUCAGAUGUAUUAAAGAUAGAAGAAGACAACGCAGACAUAGAUUACCAAAUUCAAGUUUAAAAAAAAUUCCAACUCAUAAAUAUACGAAAGGUGAUCCUUAUGAAACAUGUGCUAUUUGUCUAGAUGAUUAUAUGGAAGGAGAAAAAUUAAGAGUGCUGCCUUGUGCUCAUGCUUAUCAUGCCAAAUGCAUUGAUCCCUGGUUGACAAAAAAUCGUAGAGUAUGUCCAGUUUGUAAACGGAAGGUUUUUGCAGCAGACGAACAAGUUGUUACAGAUGAAAGUGAUUCAGAUGCCGAUGACUCAACGCCUUUGAUACGAGAUGGGUAUCAAGGCACUCAAGGAGGUACGUUCAUACGUCAGAGAGAAAAUCCUUUUAAUAGAUCUAGAAGAACGCAAAAUAGGGACGAUUUGAAUAAUUCUAAUAGUAGCUCGGAUUCUGAGACAUCUUCAGGAACAUCUGACGAUGGUGCUAGUAUAAGUACUGGUGAACCUUCUGGUGGAACAGUUUUCAUGGUAUCUGACUCACAUAGCAUUAAUGGCGAGCCGCAAGAUUUAGAGCGAUCAGUAAGCAGUACUAAACCACAUACGGUUAACUUGUAUACAGAGACGCAAGAAUUUCUUGUUCCUGUUGUACAAAUCACACCAGUCCAAAAUACAAGGGUUUUAGAGAUUUCUACCACUUUAAAUCCUGAUCAUGUUACUAUAGCUGCAGAUGCUAGAAGUACAAGUACAACUUCUAUAGAUUCUGAAAGGAAUGACGUUGCAGCAUAAUAAUAAUUAAAUUGGAAAUCUAGAUUUACCAUCUUUUGAUCAUAUUAAAACUCUCUGAUACGAGAUAUUAAAAAGUUUGCUACAGAAUAUGGAAAAUAAUAAUUUGCUAAAAGUAUUUUAUUAAAUAUUACUUUAUUUCAAAGAAUUAUAACAUCAAAUAUAUUUUUGUGCAAAUUUUUUCUGUAUUCUGUUAUAAGAGGCGAUGCGUAAAUUGCUUCUAAUAAUAUAUUUUUGCUUACGUCGAUAUAUACCUAACUUGUCAUAAAUUAUAAUUCAUUAUAUAUAAAAUCAAACUUUAUAGGAAUUUUUAAUAUUGUUGUAAAAAAUGUUGUAAGUGACAUUUAGUUUAAUUUGAAAGGAAUAUUGAUUUCAUCGAGUACCAGUAAUGAAUUAAUUGUAAUCAGUUAAUUACUAAUAUCGGAUAUACAUGUGUAAUGAUACUGAAAAUACGAUAUAAGCUGUAUAUGAUAUAUCCUGUUAAUGUUAUGGUUUUGCACUGAUUAGGAAAUAUGGGAACACCGUUUUGUAUAGUAUCUAUUACUCUGUUAUUAUUUAGAUCUAUUUAAACAUGCACGUGUGCAAAAAUAAUUUUAAUGAAACGUUCCAUUUUACUUUACUUUCUGAACAGAAGAACAAAGAACAUCAUUUUUCUUGCUAUAAAGAAUAAGCAUUAUAUGGUUUUAAGGGAUCUUUGAAUACGCGUAUUCAUUACAUAUAUUACAUUAUUGUGAAAAUGGACAAAAAAGAUAAAAAA